AAGAAAAAUCUGAGUUAUCUAUUUUUUGAUUCAAUGAUAAAAACGAGGCUUUGAGAAAAAAUGAGGGAAGGAUUUUGAGAGGACCUGGAUUAGCUUUCCAGUCCUAAAAAGGUUUAAGCUGACAUACAUCAUACAUGUGAAACUGAAAUGUUUAUAUACAAGCCUUCGUUUUCAGCUACACUUGUUGCUCAGCACAAGCAUUUGAAUCCAUUAUGAGCAUUUUAUCAAUGGGAUUGAAUUUAACAAGAGGUUAAUUAUAACAUGGCAGAUUUAGAUUUGAAUUCCUAAGCAUAAUGGUCUCCGAUAGAUUUAUAUCUGUCUCGUAUCUCGUUUCUUGAUAAAAUUGCAGUCUUAUAUUUUUUAAAAAAUUAAAAGCCUAGCCCACGGAAACAUAAAAUACGAACACAAACACUUGUGCUAAUUUCUCCCUUUAUUGUUUUAUUACUGCAUCAACAGAUUUUGAGUCCGCCUUUUGCAGCGGAAUGAAUCUCCUAACUCGCAAGAUAACUUGGAUCAAGUGCGGAAGACAUCCUUUCUUAUAAAAAUGAGUACAGAGAUGGCCAACGAGCAAAUGAAACCCAUUGCCACUCUGCUUCUGGCCCUCAACUUCUGCAUGUACGUCGUCGUUUUGGGCAUUGGCGGAUGGGCCAUGAACAGAGCAAUAGAUCAUGGCUUCAUUAUAGGUCAAGGAUUUGCGCUUCCAGCUCAUUUUUCACCCAUAUACUUCCCAAUGGGGAACGCAGCCACUGGGUUCUUCGUGACAUUUGCUUUGAUUGCUGGGGUUGUUGGAGUUGCUUCUGCAAUCGCUGGAUUCAAUCAUGUCCGUUCAUGGACUCCUGACAGCUUGCCAUCUGCUGCCUCUGUUGCUGCCAUUGCUUGGACUCUCACACUCCUUGCCAUGGGCUUUGCCUGGAAAGAGAUUGAGCUUCAUAUCAGAAAUGCCAACCUGAGAACAAUGGAAGCAUUCUUGAUUAUACUGUCAGCCACACAGCUUUUCUACAUAGCAGCUAUUCAUGGGGCGUCCAGGAGAUGAAGCGACAGAUGUUGAGAGAUGAGUCUUACCAGAUUGGAGCUUGUGUGAUCUCUGUUGUGUUGCGUUAUGUUUUGAUUUUUAUUGUUUUAUUUCUGCUGUAAUUUUUUAUUCUUUUUUUCCCAAGCCUUUCUAUUUUGUGUGUAAUUUUCGUGAUUGGAUUUGUAUAAAUCAAUAUUACAUUACAUAUUUCUAAUUAAAGUAGAGUUUCCCCUC